GCAAAUAAUCCAAAAACCCAAAUCAAUACCCAAACACCUUCCUUUCUUCCCUCCUUCCCACACAAAAAAACAAAAGUCAAUCGCUUCGCCGUCGUUAUUUUCCGAUGGAAUUCCCGCCGUUCAACCACCACAAUAACAAUAACAAUCAAAGGUACGUUCUUCUUCCGCCACCACCUGUCAACAAUUUCCCCGAUGACCGUCCAAAUCUAUACACUCACCACCAUCUUAUUCAUCUUCCACCGCCGCCGCCGGGAACUCUCUACCCUACCCACCCGCCACCACCGCCGCCACUUUCCGUUCCUCCUCCCCAACCGUCUUACAACCCUCACUUCACCUUUCUUGACGCCCAAAAUUCAUUUAGGGUUUCUAAUAAUAAUCAGUUUAACCGGUUUGAUUCGUCGGUGGCGGAUUCGCAUCAUCGGGUUUAUUCGUCGAAUUCACAAUCAGGUGAGAAUUAUUUGAAUUUGAAUUUGAAUUCUAGUAGUAGAUAUAAAGAUAGGUUUGUUGAUAGAAUUGGGACUAGUUCUAGGAAUUUGGAAGAUAAUAAUCUAGAUAAUUACGAGCCUCGUUAUAAGUCGAUAUCGGAAAGUCAGAGAAUUUGGGAUCCUCAUGGUGAUGAUGAGGAUCCGAAAUGGGUGAUGAAUAAGAAAAAGAAGAAGAAUGGUAGGGAUUACGAGUAUGAAUCGAGUAAGUCGAAUAGGGUUAGGGAAGGUAGAGAAGAGUUUAAGCAAGUGCAAAAGAAAAGUGUUUUACUUAGGAUAGGUAAACCGAACAAUACGUCUAGGAAUAAUAAAUCUAAAGGAAACGUAGGUGAAUCGAAAAAUAGUAAUUCCAAGGGUAAAGAUAAAGGUAAAGAUUCUAGUUUGUAUAAGGAAAAAAAGAAAGAGGAAGAUAGAGAGGGAAGUCCUGUAGAUCUUGAUGUGUCUUUUAAAUCCAAUACGUUAGUAGCUAAGGCUGUUGUAACGCCCCCGAGUCCUUUGUCUGAUAAGAACAAAACGCACCCUAGGAAUAGGAAAGGAAAGAGAGCUGAUGAGUUUAAUUCACCGAUAUCAAAGUUUGGUGACCAUUCAACUCAAUCUGCAGGCUCCCCACAUAGGUUAGAUAGUCUUUCUAGUUCUGGAAAGGCUUCAAAGGAUGUAGGGGAUAAAAAAUCUGGUAAUGAUGGCGUGGAUGGUUCUUUGUCCGGUCGAGUUGUAGAUGAGGGUGGUGGCAAUGGAGGACCUGGACGCUAUUCGUUUAGGCUUAAGCAGAAAAGAAGGCCCGUAUUGGUUGCUGCCGUUGCAUCUAGUUUUCAGUUUCCAGAGAAACACGAGAAACCUGUCAAGAGUAAGAAUGUUAAGAGUAGCACAAUUACACCUAAGCCUGGUGCCAUUCCUUUCACCCCACUAGAAAAAUUAGUUUCCAGUAAAGUGAACGAAUCUCCGAAGGCUAUGUCUUCUGAGAAGGAUGGUUUACAAGUUGAGAAUCCGAGUCUUGGUCAUAUAAAUAGUUUUGGUGAUGAAUCCACUGAAAGCAAGAAUCUAACCGAACAGAAGGUAUCUACUGUAAAGGAUGGUCUGGUCAUUGAUCUUAACCAGCAGCUUAGUGAAAAUGAAGUCUCACUGAAUCUUGACAGUGAUACAGAAAAGAUAUCUGCAGAUGUUGAGAGGCUACUAGGUGGCACUGAGAUGUCUGUUUCGUCAGGGCAGGAUCAAAUUAAGAUUCAGAACCCCUCAACAAAAGAAUCGUAUGCCAAUUUUGAUGCAGCCAAUGUUUCUUACAGUUUGUUUGAUGAUGAAACAGUUAAAGUGCAAGAAAGGAAUACUACUCAUGAAAUGAUCACAAUAUGUUCUAGUUCAGAGGAGAUUAUUAUCAUAUCCCCCGAGGUCAGUGAUGUUCAAGAUUCAUUUGAUAUAUCAAGAAAGGAAAAUAAAAGUGAAUUGCUUGAUGAUAGUAGUAAGGAAACAUGUUUCAAAGGGUCAAUAGAGUUUCUUGAAGAUGGCCCCAAAGGUUCUCCAACUGAUGUUAUCAUUAGUGAAGAUAAUGCAGUGCCAAGUAGUUCACACAAGCAGAGUUCUUUCGAUAAAGAUGUAGUUCCUUUAUCAGUUCAGACACCAAGUCCAGACCAUAGGCAGCUUAGUACAGAUGAAACCUACAUGGUAUCAAAGGAUGAUUUACAACCGAGUAUGAUUUCUUCAUCUGCUGACACUGGUGGGCUUGGUACCCACUGUGAUAAAAUAGUGGAAUCUAUCCUUGAUUUGGCAACUAAUAUCGCUUCUUCCGUAAAUGUUUCUAGUUCCCUAGGCUUACAAACGUUGACUAGCAAAUCAGCAGAUAAAACAAUAUCGGAUUCCUGUCUUACUAUGAAUGAUGACACUAUUCGUAAAAAUUGUGAAUCGAAAGAUGGUGCUUUGUCAAAUGGCCCCGAGUCAUUUGUAGAUAAUUCCAGGACUAGUAUGAAAUCAAGUCAACUGGAAGAAACCAAGACAGUCUCAUCUUUAUCUCAGGGUAGCAGUGUCAAGACUCUGGGUCCCACUAAUAAAAUUCAGAAACACAGUUUCGCAAUGAUAAAACCUAGUCAUGUUCCUGCAGUUCCUAGAGUUUUUGCAGGUCGUUCAACUCCAGUCUUUACUAAUUCUAGGAUUAUUAAACCUGCAACCAGCAUUACAAAGCCCAGAACUUGGCAUCGAUCUACUAGCAAUCCUAUUCCUCCACCACCAAAACAAAUUGGACUGGGUCAAAACUCUUAUGUUCGUAGUGGUAACAGUCUCGUAAGGAAAGGUUCUCCCGUGACCGCUGUUGCUAGUGUCCCACCUGCUUCAAAUUCUUCUGUAUAUCAAUUGAAUCCUUCAGGCCAAAUUGAAACAAGAAAUAGUGCGGGAUCAGGAAGCCAAGUGCAUAGUGCUCAGUUUAGAACAGGUGGAUCCAGUGCUCCUGUUGUGAGGCCCAAUACACCACCUUUAUCAGGAAGUACCAAGUUACCGGAUUUCCCAGCAUUCUCAAGGGAUAUUCCAUCUUCGCCACUGGAUUCUCUGCCUGCAUCUCCUGCUGAAGAAAAUUUUUCUGUUCAAAAGGUACCUGAAGAUCAAAUUGGUACAUCUAGCAAGUCUGAAAGUCGAAAGACACUAGAUGAAGGAGCUGCAGUAAAGAAGAUACAUUAUGUGAAGCGGAAAUCAAAUCAACUGGUUGCUGCUUCCAGUAGUGACCAAUCCAUUCACGAGUUAGAUAACACCCAACCGUCAACAUCAGAUAGCUACUAUAAAAGGAGGAAGAAUCAACUUGUUAGGACAUCUAUGGGAGAUGACUUGGCAAACACAGAUGUGCUUAAGGCAUCAAAGGUCAAUAUUAAGCUGCAGUCUGGUAAAGGUGUAUCUAAGAAGUUUAAACACUUGGUAUACCCUUCAGUCUGGACUCUUAGUUCUCAGUCGUCACGGAAAGAUGGUGUCUCAUUACAUCAGAAGCUGAGGCCCCAUCUAUUUCCAUGGAAAAGAUCACGAAACUGGGGAAAUUUGAUGAAUAUCUCAGCUUUUAUGACGAGUAGUAGUUCGCCAUCUUUGAUCAGUCGCAAGUUGCUGUUAUCAAGAAAGAGAGAGACGCUCUACACAAGAUCAAAACGUGGGUUUUCUCUUCGUAUGUCUAAGGUGUUAAGUGUUGGUGGUUCUGGAUUGAAAUGGUCAAAAUCUAUAGAGAGGAAUUCAAGAAGAGCUAACGAGGAAGCUACGCUAGCAGUUGCAGCAGCUGAAAAGAAGAGGAGAGAGCAGAGUGCCUCAACUUUUGUCGCUGCUGAAACAAAGAAAAGGAAUAACACGUCGAGAGAUCGGAUAUUUCGUAUUGGUUUGGUCAGAUACAAAAUGGACCCUUCAGGCAGGACAAUUCUAAGGAUUUCAGAUGAUGACCCUUCAACAUCCGUGCAGUCAAAAGAAGAGACCAGGAGGCCUUAUGUACCAAAGAGAUUAAAUAUUGGCCAUGAUGAAUAUGUACGGAUUGGAAAUGGUAACCAGCUGGUUAGAAAUCCAAAGAGACGGACACGCAUCUUUGCCAGUGAGAAAGUUAGAUGGAGUUUGCACACAGUCAGAUCAAGGUUUGCUAAAAAGAAAAAGUAUUGUCAAUUUUUUACAAGGUUUGGCAAGUGCAACAAGGAUGCCGGGAAAUGUCCAUAUAUCCAUGAUUCAUCUAAAGUUGCAGUCUGCACCAAGUUUCUGGCUGGUUCAUGCUCCAAUACCAACUGCAAGCUAACACAUAAGGUCAUUCCUGAAAGGAUGCAAGAUUGUUCCUAUUUUUUGCAGGGAUUGUGCUCAAACAAAGAUUGUUCUUAUAGACAUGUAAAUGUGAACUCAGCUGCUUCAGUUUGUGAAGGUUUUCUCAAGGGUUAUUGUGCAGAUGGCAAUGAGUGUCGAAAGAAGCACACAUAUGCAUGCCCAGCAUAUGAAGCCACAGGAGCAUGCUCUCAAGGUACAAAAUGCAAGCUUCAUCAUCCUAAAAAUCGAAAAAUGGGGUCGAAGAGAAAACGACAUUUAACAGAACCAGAACAGAAGAAUUCUAGGGGUCGCUAUUUUGGUGCUUUUAGGGCAGCAGGGGCAAUGCCGGUAUUUGAAAAGCAUCAAUCAAAGGAUGAUAACAUGGACAUUUUUUCUCAAGAAGGGAAACUUGCUGAAUAUAUUAGUUUAGGUUUUAGGAAUGAGGGUGCUGGGGAAAUGAUGAGUGACCAGAGAACAAUGUUGGUUAGUGAGCCUUCAGGUUUAGGUACAGCCGACGAUGAUGAGUUGAUAAAACCCAUCAGAAUAAUGAAAAGAAUUGUGCCUCAAUAACCCAUGUGAGUGUGACUUGGGUGUGUUGCAUGGAGGGCUGUGAAAUGGGUCGUGCACAUUUUGUAAUUCGUUGGAGCUGUACUUUACUUGAAGCAGAGCAUGAGUGUCAUUGCCUAUGUAGUAGUGAUAUCUGAGUUUUUUGGAUUUUCUUUUAACCCAAAAGAAGAAUCUAGGAAAAGAGAGGUGUAUACCAUACCUAUAGAUUUUCAAGUCGUGUACGAUAGGAAAUAGAUAUGUAUUUUGUUUUACGAUGAAGACCAAAGUGUAGAAUUAUUUUUUGGAAAAUGAAAUUGUAUUUUAUUUGUUGAAA